CGGGCCUUCCCCGCCUCAGAGCUCGGAACGUGGCCGCCGCGUCGAUCUCCCAAGCAAGUAUUCGGCCUGAGAACCCCGGCCUUGAGGCGUCGGGUUCCGGAAGCUUCGCUGCCCUGCCUCUGCACCCUGCACGCGCGAGAUUUUUAAAAUAAUCUGUACAUGAGGAGUGACUCCAUAUCAACUACACUAUGUCAAGAAAGAAAAAGAGACCCAAUAGAAAUGUUUCAUUCUGGACAGCUGAUAAAAGUCUGUGCCCCGAUGGUUCGAUAUUCAAAGUUGGCUUUUAGAACACUAGUAAGGAAAUACUGUUGUGAUCUGUGUUAUACACCAAUGAUAGUUGCUGCUGAUUUUGUCAAAUCUAUAAAAGCCAGAGACAGUGAAUUUACCACAAACCAAGGUGAUUGCCCGUUGAUUGUUCAGUUUGCUGCUAAUGAUGCAGGAAUUUUAGCUGAUGCUGCUCGUAUAGUCUGUCCUUAUGCAAAUGGAAUAGACAUUAACUGUGGUUGCCCUCAGAGGUGGGCAAUGGCAGAAGGUUACGGAGCUUGCUUAAUCAACAAGCCAGAGCUUGUUCGAGAUAUGGUGAAACAAGUAAGAAAUCAUGUGGAAAACCCUAGAUUUUCAGUUUCAAUUAAAAUAAGGAUCCAUGAUGACCUUACAAGAACUGUAGAUCUUUGUCAGAAGGCUGAAGCAACAGGAGUGUCCUGGAUUACUGUCCAUGGAAGAACUGUUGAAGAAAGACACCAGCCAGUCCACUAUGGUGCCAUUAAAAUGAUAAAGGAAAAUGUGUCUAUACCUGUAAUUGCUAAUGGAGACAUCAGAAGCUUGAAAGAAGCAGAAAAUAUGUGGCAGAUUACUGGUUCGGAUGGUGUGAUGGCUGCAAGGGGACUUUUAGCAAACCCAGCCAUGUUUGCUGGAUAUGAAGAAACCCCACUGAAAUGCAUCCGGGACUGGGUUGACAUCGCUCUUGAACUUGGAACUCCUUAUAUGUGUUUCCAUCAACAUUUAAUGUACAUGAUGGAAAAGAUAACAUCAAAGCAGGAAAAAAGAAUAUUUAAUGCACUAUCAAGCACAUCAGCAGUCUUAGAUUACCUUACAGACCAUUAUGGCAUUUGACUGAACUUUCUAAAUUAUUUCAAUGUGUACUUUAUCCCUACCAUAUAAGUCACGGCUUGAUUUUUCCUUUAAAUCAGUAGCUUUAGCUUCAGUACAACACCAAUUCCUUGGGCCAGAAUGGAGGUACAUGUCUAUAAUUUGAGCUCUCAGAAGGGGAAGCAAGAUAAUUGGAAGUUCUAGGCAAGCAUGGGCUGUAUAGCUAGUAAUUUCAGAUCAGCCUGGACUUCAUAACAAGACUAUGUCUCAAAAAAGAAAGAAAAAUUUCCACAGAAGCAUUUUAAAAACCAGACCUAUGCCACAUUCUAUAAAUUUCCAGUUCAGUAGAGCUUGGGUGGACUCAGUUUAGUUUUAAAGAAUUUAGGAGAGCUGGGCAUGGGGGCACACACCUUUAGUCCCAGCACUCUGGAGGCAGAAGCAGGCCAAUCUCUGUGGGAUUGAGGCCAGCCUGGCCUAC